GCGUGUUUACCAACACUUUCCGCUCUAUUUAAAAACAAAAAUAUUUGUAAUUGCGCUUAAUUUAUGUAAUUUCUGAAAAAAAAAUGGCUCUCACAAAGGUCUAUGAUGCUGCCACAGUGUUCAAACACUUGGGCGGCAUUUUAAAUGUGUACAAACCGGCCGGCAUGAAAGUGAACCACGUCCGCAAUGCCAUUCUCAGCAACAUUUGCAAGGGGCUUAACGAAAUGGAGCAAAGGGAGCCUCGUAAAUUGAAAGAAGAAAGACCCCUCCUGGGCACAGGCACCGCCGCCGACACCGUACUGCACAACAUAGCUGACCAGACGGAUCUGUCAGACCACGUUCUUUCCACCGGCCCGAGGUACCUUCCUCGGGACUUAAAAUGCUCGACAGUGUCCAACCUGGGAGAUCACACCAGCGGAGUCCUUCUCUUCGGGAUCAACAAGGGUACGGGACAGUCCAGUAGCAUUCGGAGAAAUCGCCCUGUGCGUGUCUACCACAUCACCGGUCGCCUGGGAAGCGCCACGGAAAGCCACCUGCCAGACUCACGAGUCACAAUGCGCUCCAACCACCGACAUGUGUCUGCGGACAGAAUCAGCGGCCUAGCCGCCUCCAUGCAGGCCUCGCAUCAGCGUAAGAUGUUCGAGCUCUGCGGCGUCGAUUUGCAGACUCAGGAGGCCUACGAACUCGCCUGCAGAGGCCUCCUCCGCCCCGCGGACGACAGCCAGCCCGUUGUCUACGGCAUUAAACUUAUACAGUUCGAGCGCCCACAUUUCACCCUGGAAGUACACGCGAUUAACGAGACGCAGGAGUACCUUGCCGCCCUUGUCCACGACAUGGCCUUGGAACUCCGCACCGUGGCGCACUGCUCUCAGCUGCGCUGCGUUCGACACGCCCACUUCGAUGUGAGGGAUAGUCUGCUCAGACACGCGUGGCACUUGCCAGGAAUCAUCAAGAACUUGCGCCAGCAGCGAGACAUCCUGCGGGCUCACCCACAACUUUUACGACAGCAACGAGUCGAGCUACAAGCUACACAGUAAAUUAGGGAUCAAUUAUUUGUUGUAGGUAAAUAAAAAUGUAGGCUUUAACGAAACUUAA